AUGGCUGAUUGCAUCGCUCCUCGGUCUGGUCCGCGCCGGCUGCUUCAGGCAGUUGGCCUGGGACUCAUGGCCCUCGGAGGCACCACAGCAGCAAAUGUGGCUGCGGACCCGGGCCCCGGCGGCACGGCACCUGUGCGGCCCUUCCGGCUCGACCAGGUCCGCCUGGGCGAUGGGCUGCUGCAGGAGAAGCGCGACCGGACGAAGGACUUCCUGCGCGAGUUCGACGAGCGGCGGUUCCUGGUCCUCUUCAACAAACAGGCCGGACGGCCCAGCGCGGGCGGGGUCGCGGUGCCGGGCGGGUGGGAAGAUGGCGGACUGCUGAGCGGCCACUGGGCUGGACACUACAUGACGGCGCUCUCGCAGGCGUACGCCGACCAGGGCGAGGAGGUGUUCAAGGCCAAGCUCGACUGGAUGGUCCAGGAGCUGGCGGCCUGCCAAAAGGCCAUCACCGCGAGGAUGGGUGGCGGCGGCGGCGGCGGCUCCGGCGGGCAGCAGCCAGGAAACAACGAAACCGUCGGCCGCGUGGCUGGCAAGUUCGGCAACGCCCUGCAGCUGAACAAAGAGGCUCAGGGGCAGCAGUACGUGACGCUCCCGCAGGAGACGGUCAACCAGCUGCGCGACUUCACGUUCGCGUCGUGGGUGAAGCUGGCGUCCAACCAGACCUGGAGCCGCCUCUUCGACUUUGGCAGGGACACGACGGUCAACAUGUUCCUGACGCCGCGCGCGGACCAGCCCGGCUUCGCCCCGCGGUUCGCCAUCACCACCGGCGGCUCCGGGCAGGAGCAGCAGAUCAACGGCAAGAUAGCGCUCCCUGUCGACGAGUGGGUGCACAUCGCCGUCACCCUCGAGGGCACCACGGGCAUCAUGUACGUCAACGGCCAGGUGGCCGGCACCAACGCCGGCAUGGCUUUGAACCCGACCAGUUUGGGCAACCCGGGCAAUCGCUGGAUCGGCAGGUCCCAGUACGGGGACGCGCCGCUCAGCGCCGCGGUUGACGAGUUCCACGUCUUCAACCGGGCGCUGAGCGCGGCCGAGGUGCGGUCCCUGCAGGCUUCGGCGGCGGGCACGACGGGCGGGGGAAACAUCGCGUGGUACCGCUUCGACGAAAACGGCGGGACCACGCUGGUGGAUGCCUCACCCAACGGCCGGGACGCCGGAAUCGUGAGCGACCGAGGGUCUGGGCCUUCGGCCUGGGUCCCUACCCACCCCGGCUACCUGGGCGCGCUCCCCGAGGACACGGUGUUGAGGCUCGGUCCGCCGCGCUGGGCCAUAUACGGAGGCGACGCUGCGACAAACACGUGGGCGCCCUGGUACACGCAGCACAAGAUCAUGCGGGGGCUCUUGGACGCUUACUACAACACCAACAACACGCAGGCCCUCGACGUGGUGGUCAAGAUGGCAGACUGGGCGCACCUAGCCCUGACCAUCGGGGACAAGAACUACCCGGGUUACACUGGCAACCUGACCAGGGACGACCUCAACAGGAUGUGGGACCUCUACAUUGCCGGCGAGUCUGGCGGCGCAAACGAGGUUUUCCCCGAGCUCUACGAGCUCACCGGCGACUCUCGCCACCUGGAGACGGCCAAGGCGUUCGACAACCGCGCCUCCCUGUUUGACGCUGCCGUGGAGGAUCGCGACAUCCUCGUCCUGACCCGCGACAAGAACCCGGGCCCGCGCCGGACCGACCGGCUGCACGCCAACAUGCAUGUCCCGCAGUUCAUCGGUUACCUGAGGAUCUUUGAGCAGAGCAGAGAGCAGGACUACCUGGACGCGGCGCGGAACUUUUACAGCUGGGUGUUCCCGCACCGGCAGUUCGCGAGCGGGGGGACGGGCGGCAACUACCCGGGCUCCAACAACAACGCCGAGAUGUUUCAGAACCGCGGCAACAUCGCAAACGCCAUCGCCGAGAACGGGGCCGAGACGUGCACCACGUACAACAUGCUCAAGCUGGCGCGCAACCUCUUCAUGCACGAGCACAACGCCACCUACAUGGACGGCUACGAGCGCGGCCUCUUCAACAUGAUCGCCGGCUCCCGCGCCGACACGGCCACGACCGCCGACCCGCAGCUCACCUACUUCCAACCCCUGACCCCGGGGGCCUCGCGCGACUACGGCAACACGGGCACCUGCUGCGGUGGCAGCGGGCUCGAGAGCCACACAAAGUACCAGGAGACCGUCUACCUGCGCUCGGCCGACGGCUCCGCGCUCUGGGUGAACCUGUUUGUGCCCUCGACGCUGACGUGGGGGGAGAAGGCAUUCUCGCUCAGGCAGGACACGGCCUUCCCGCGCGCCGACAGCACAAAGCUCACCGUCACGGCCGCGGGUGGUGGGGGCCCGCUCGACAUCAAGCUGCGCGUGCCGGCGUGGGCGCAAAGGGGGACAGUCACUGUCACCGUCAACGGCGAGGCCGACCCGGCCGCGCAGACCCCGCUGCCGGGGACGUACCUGACCCUCGCCCGCGCCUGGCGAGCGGGCGACACGAUCGAGAUGCGCAUGCCGUUCCGCGUCCGCGUCGAGCGCGCCCCCGACCGGCCCGAUACCCAGGCCCUGAUGCGGGGACCGGUGCUACUCCAGAUCGUCGGGCGCCCGCCGGCCACGGGCGGCGCCAACAGCGGCUACUGGGAGCUGUCGCUGUAUAGACAUUUGAAGCUGGACGGCGACUACGGCCACGCUGCCGUUGUGGCUACCGGAGGCGGCAGCACCGACGCCGUCUUCAGCGUGGCCGCGGCGGCCGGCGGGCAGAAGCUGACGGCGCGGCCCUACUACGUGGGCGACCGGCAGGCGGCGUCGUCCUACUUCCGGCGCGUGGAGCCGCGCGUCGUGUUCGGGCGACUCGAUGCCGGCGUGGCCAACCACAAGCGCAACAACGGCCUGCCGCGCUACGACGUGCCGGUCCAGGGCGUCAGCGUCCCCGGCACCGACGGGCCGACGUUCCUGGACGUCUUGUGGGAUAAGGCCCCGUUCGGCGGCCACGCCGCCUUCGUGGCCGCCGUGCGGGAGGUGGUCGCGCAGUUCGUCUCGGCCGGUGUGUAUUCGGUCGAGGAGGGUGAGGGCAUUGUGAGGACGGCCGGGCAGGCUGAGGCGGAGCUUGCGGUAUAGUUUUUAUUAUUAAUCUGUCCCCCGGCGUUGGAAUAUUUAUGAGGAUUACAGU